UUCUCGUCUCUUUCCGAUCGGUCCUGACAACUUUCUACGGUUCGAAACCUUUCUGCGUCGCCUAAACAACCAGUAUCGCAAUGACCGAAGCGUUAGACAUCUCCGCACCGUUCAAUGCGGUUUCGUCGCCUCGCAGGAAGUUGUCAGUAAUGGACGUCGCGACGUCGCCUUUGGCGGUGAACUUCCACACCUGGCGUAUAAACGCGCUCACCACCAACGCAUUUCGUCAAUGCCAGUUCCUUGAGCACGCAAAAAAGACGUUUGACGAAGCCGGUGCGGAUUCCGACAAGAAAGCCAUGCGCAUGCUCAAGGAUCUUAGCUUUUUCAACUCGUCGCGGCCUUCGAGCGGAUCCUCGCGUCUUUCCGAGCAGGCCCCCAAGUCGACCUACAGUGCGCUUCGAGCUCUCUUGACUACUCCCGUCUCUGCCCUUGGCGACGCAGAAUGGCUUUUGGCCAUCAAAACGCUUCUCGAGCCGCAGCCGGAGCUGUACGAGGAGUUCAAGGAAGCAUUUGGCAUACGAGAAGACGAUCACACCCCGCAUGAUGUGGAUGAGGCGUUCACUCCGACAUCUGCCGCAGCCGCUGCUGAGACGGGCAAACCCUUCGUCCGUCGUUCCAGCAGCAAAGUGAAAUUCGAAACACGAGAGGUACAGAAUGCGGGCUCGGAUGAAGAUAUGCCAACCAUCCUUCACUAUCCUCCCACCCCAGCUGCGGUCGACCUGCGUGAGUCUCCUUUCCUUUCCAUCUCCGAAUGCAGAUCCCCAACCCCGAUGAGCCCCGCUGGACCCGCCGACAAGUCUUUCGCAUUUGAUGCCACCGCUCCGGCCGCCAUCCCUGAGCAGGAACAGAACGAGGUGUGCUUGAACGGACACUACAUCGCCUACGACUUGCAUGUGGCCAUGAUGGACAGGCCCGGCGAAAUGCGGGAACUGAUGGCAAGGAACCCCGAACUCUUCGAGAACAUUCGUAAUAGCUGUUGUGCGGAUGACGAUCGGUGGAUCGAGCUGGAAGACGUGCUGUUGACAUCUCGAGAAGAGAUGGAUGACUUGACUUGGAUGCACACGAUCGGAGACCACAUGGGCAACAACCCAAGCUUGUUUGCAAUGCUCAAAGAACUAGUUGGCUAUGACAUGCACGAGGAAGUUGCGGAAGAAAGUGAAGACGAGGAUAGCGAUCUAUAUGAUGAGGAAGACGAUACCUUCGAGAAGCCUGAAUGGCUUGACACGGUCGUCAAGAUGCGGGAAGCCCCGGAGAUCAUGCAGCGGCUUGAGAAUGAUUAUCCGCAAUUCUUUGCCAAUGUCAAGAAAGCCAUUGCAGCGGAGGAUGAGACGGAAUACUCCCACUUCCUCAGUGCGUUUUACAGUCCUGCUUCGACCAUGUCUGACCAGGAGUGGGAACGCGAGAUGCUGCGGUAUCUCGCACGAUCCAAGUCGCUUCUCAGCCAGCUUCGCGAGAUUGCCCUCUACGAACUUGACGUGGAUGAAGAUAAACCGGAGCCGGAGACCAGUAUCUUUGAGCCUGCCGUCAAGGUCGACUUCUCAUCGCGUCCAGCACCUACCCAGGCUCAAGGACCAGCGUCCAAGAUCGAAGUGAAGGCCCGUGCCGACCCUUCGGCUACGAGGGACUUGGAAACGGACCACCCACUCUUCUUUAACCUGCUGAGGAAGCAACUCACAUCUCGUGACGAAUACCAUCGCUUCCUCCGAGCACUCUACGCUCCCCGAGAACACAUCGCCGACGACAAGUGGGAAGCGUUGAUUACACAUCGCUUCCUCUCGGGCUCGCGGCGCCUGCGUCAGAUGUUCCGUGAAGUCGUCGACGCUAUGGUCAUUUCCACGUCCGAGAUUAUGGAUUCGGACGAUGAGGAAUACCUUGGCCGAUUCGAAGCGCCGAUUCGAGGCGUCAGUGAUGCCCGUGCGCGCAUCCUGCGACUCGAGCUUGCCGCUCCUGAACUAUUCAACAAGAUAAAGCGCAAGCUUGGCGACCAGUACGGCCGCUUCAAAGCUCUGCUCGUCACACCACGGGAGGAAAUGAACGACGACGAGUGGGCCGAACGCAUCGAGACGUACCUGGAGAGUGAUAUCCAGUUGUCGACCGGGUUUGCUCAGGUCGCCGGCAUCCAGCAGUUGCGGAAAGACACUGCCAGCAAAAGCACCGCUGCGGCAGAAGAAGGCACCGGCGAGAUCCUCUCCACGAGUCCAUCAUUGCAAUCCGCAGCGCCUGUCAUCGCACCUGUCCGCCCACCAUCCCCCACCUCCUCCACACAUUCCGGCCAAUACGCCAUCCGCGAGCAAAUCGCCUCCAGCAUCGGCCAGCUCGACUGGUUCCUCGGGCUGAAAUCCGCCGUCGAUGACGAUAAGGUGUUUGGAAAGCUCCUCCAUGGCCUCAUUGAGAAAGAGGAGACGGAGAAGAUCGCGCAUCGCGACGACGCCACCCCGAGGUCUGAGGACCUCUCUGGCGGUAUUCUGGAGCAUGCCAACGUCUCCAACGACAAGCACGUGCUUCGGGAGUUGUUGCACGAGGUAUUGCCAUCCAAUUCUGAGGUUGCUAAGCGUGUCGAAAGCUGGCUGGAAACAUUGCCUUGAGCUGGAGGGAAUCCCCGUAUUUGCCUAUCUGUUCACAAUGCCUGGGCCGCGGGCGUAUCAUUGUCAUUCCCUUCCGAUUCGCUGGCUUUGUAUCUUCUUUCAUUUUCGCUUGUAAUAAUCUGCAAUUUUGAGCCUUUUCAUAUCGGUGACCUUUUGUUCUCAACUUCACCAAAUCUUUUUCCAUUGU